AUGAUGGAAAGACGUGGAUCGCUUCAAGGUUAUAUGGACCGAAUUCGCGCCGGGCUUAUCAAUCCAGAUUCCCCCCUCAUUGAAGGAUAUGAUUUCAACCGCCCAAAUAAUGAGCCAGGAGGAUCAUUUACACCCCUUAUACACACGCCAGCCUUUCCUCCGGGCGCUUGCCCGCCACAAUAUGCUCCGUAUGAAGUUGAUGUCAGAACUGAGCGACAGACCUUUGUCAAUGAUGUCCCAUUACGACAUGACUCGUCUGUGUCGACAUUCAGUGCAAUGGGACCGCCCCAACUCCACAACACCCUUCCUACUUUCCAUGGAGACGAUUGGCUGCAGGAAGACUGCUUCAGGCAAAAAGAGCCUAACUCUCUCAAUUCAACAAUAUUUCCACAAGGCUACGGGUCUUCUCUGCCAUACUUCCAGACAACAACAAUCCCCGUGGAUGAUCAGGACCGCCCACUACUGGAACACUUUGUUGAACACGUUUUGCGCAUGAUCUUCCCUAUACUUGAAGCACAUCAACAAAGUGCCGCACGAACAAGGGUUAUUUUGAGUGCGCUUGAGACGAACAAGUCGUACUUGCACUGCUGUCUUAGCGUAUCUGCUAUUCAUCUCAAGACUACUAUUGGGCUCGAGGGCGAACAGAUCGACCAUGAUAUUAUGAGACAUCGUUACGAAGCAAUUUCACAAUUAUGUCAGUCGCUCAAUCGCGAUACCGAUCAUGAGAAAAUCCUUGAUGCGACCUUGGCAAUGAUCUUCUUUCAAUCCUCCGUUGGUGCACCGGAUGACUGCCUUCCAGAUAUUCCUUGGUGCGAUCAUUUCCAAGCCGUCUCGAGUCUAGUGAAUAAGCUUGAGCUAUCAACAGCGACAGUACCACAGCCAAGACCUCAUGCAGUUUCGCCAUUUAGCAUGUCUCUUACAUCCUGGAUAGAUAUAUUGGGAGCAACGAUGCUGGGCAAGUCCCCUCAGUUUGCCCACACAUAUCGCUCUAAGCACCUGAGUGGAACAUCAUCUGGACUAUGCGAGCUAAUGGGAUGUGAUGAUCGCGUCAUGUAUCUCAUCUCAGAGAUUGCUUGCUUAGAUUCCCUGCAGUCCGAAGGUCGGAUCGACGAACUCACCGUCUGUCACCAUGUUUCUGCUCUCGGCACACAGCUUGAACACACAAAGUAUCCCCGAGCCGUGCUCGCACAGCCUUACUCUGUUACGGGUACUAUUCAAUCUGAGCAGCUCACUACGAACAUAAGCAUAAUCUUCCGCCUCGCGGCUCGCAUCUAUCUAUGCAGCCUUGUUCCGGGCUUCGAUCGGAACGAACAAAACACUGUUAAUCUUGUAUCUGAGAUUACGAACGCUCUCCAAUUCAUUCCCGCAGGACCCUUUGGUUUUGAUCGAUCUCUGGUGUGGCCACUUCUUAUGGCCGCUUCCUUCUCAACGCCAGUGAGCACAUUCCGCCACGUUCUAGCCGAGCGAGCUGCUGCCCUCGGCGAGAUCGGUGAUUUUGGUGCAUUUGGUCGUAUGUAUCGACUUGUUCGGGAGGUCUGGAGACUCUCCGACGACCCAGAGCCCACAUUAGAUGACCUCGAUCAGUAUGAAUCUCAGUACUCUGUUCCGAAAGAGGGGUUACUACCAUCGCCUGGAAUCGGCCCUUCUAGUGCGCCUGCUCCCGCCCCCCGCAUGAAACACAUCAAAAGGCAAAGUGUGCACUGGCGAGAUAUUAUGAACCGCAAUGGCUGGCAAUAUUUGUUAAUCUGA